UGAUCCAGUCCAGACUUAUUUCAGUUUCCGCAAAGUUGCCGUGGAGUAAGGAUUGGUGGCGUUUCUAUAUAGCGGUGAAUUUAACACACAAAUAUAACAUAUAAGCUUCUGAAGCAUCGUAUACUUGAAAUAUCCAUCUGAUUAUUUUUACAGUCGAGGACAAUAUUUCAAGUUUUUGAAAAAAAUAAAUUUUCCCAAAAAAAAGUGUUUCAUAUAAAAAAAAAAGAAAGGAAAAAUCGUGAAUAUCUUUUUUUUUUAUUUUUUAAUAACUGUGACAUUUUGUAUCUUUAACAGUAUAACUUGAUUUGUUAUACCUGCAUCGAAAGGAUUAGGUUAGGUGUGAGUAGAAGAAGUAAAACAAAAAAAAAAAAAAACAAAACCAAUCUCUUGGCACCAUUGCCACAAAGGAAUAAUACCAGACAGAGUUGCACACGAGUAUUCUCUCGUGUGUUGCUGGGUUGACUGACUCAUAUUAUGAAAAGAUGGAUCUUCCAACUGUAGUUUAUAACUCGGCGAGGGACGGAAGAAUAAGACGACUCAAGACGUUUUUGGGCCAUCGAUCAAAAGAUGUCGUAGGACAAUUAGUUGGCGCUACAACACAUGGCGCCACUCCAUUAGUGAUGGCAUGCAGAAAUGGACACUACGAUGUGGUUGAAUACCUCAUUGAAAAAUGUGGAGCCGAUGUUGAACAACCUGGAUCAGUGGUUUUUGAUAGAGAUACCAUAGAAAGUGCUCCGCCUUUGUGGUGUGCUGCAGCAGCUGGACAUCUUGCUGUGGUAGAGCUUUUAAUAAAAAGAGGUGCUAAAGUAAAUUCCACUACAAAAACAAAUUCAACACCACUCAGAGCUGCCUGCUUUGAUGGAUAUUUUGAAAUUGUUAAAUUCCUAGUCAAACACGGCGCAGAUAUCGAACUAGCGAAUCGACAUGGCCAUACCUGUUUAAUGAUAGCAUGUUUCAGAGGACAUGUAAAAAUCACCAAAUUUCUACUUUCUUUGAAAGCAGAUGCCAACCGAAAGUCAGUUAAAGGUAACACGGCACUGCAUGAUUGCGCCGAAAGUGGUUCGUUGGAGAUAAUGAAAGUACUUAUUGAGCAUGGAGCACGAAUGGAUGUUGACUCUUUUGGAAUGACUCCACUCUUAACAGCUGCCAUUGCAGGUCACACGCACAUUGUUGAAUAUCUUAUGUGGUUACCGCAUUUAGUUUGCAGAAAAGAAAAAAUAGAUGCCCUCGAACUUUUAGGUGCCACUUAUGUCGAUAAGAAACGUGAUAUGAUUGGUGCAUUAGAAUUCUGGAAACGAGCCAUGGAUGAAAGAUAUAGAGGUGAUGGUCCUGUGAUACAAAAACCAAUGGCACUACCUGGUGUAGCAGCUUAUGAUUUUGCCCGUGAAAUAACCGAUCCAGAAGCAUUAGAAGAUUUAUUCGCUGAUCCUGAUGAAAUGAGAAUGCAAGCAUUACUUAUUAGAGAACGAAUACUUGGACCAGCUCAUCCUGACACAAGUUAUUAUAUAAGAUUUCGUGGUGCUAUUUAUGCGGAUUCUGGAAAAUUUAAUCGAUGCAUUGAACUAUGGAAUUAUGCUCUUGACAUACAGCAAAGCAUGCUUGAACCCCUUAAUUCAAUGACACAAGGCUCACUUUUUAGUUUCACUGAACUCUUUAGUUUUAUGGUUGGUGACGAUGUCAAACAAACGAGUAGAGGACAACGUGUGCCUCCAGUUGAACGUGAAGAAUUAAUGCGAGUCUUCAAAAAAGCGGUAUUGGAAGUUAAAUUAGGCAAGCAAAUGUUAGACAAAAUGCCUGCCUGCGAAAGAGAUUUGUCAAAUUUAAAUCGUGUUUUAGUCAUCACUCUUCAUUUGGCAUGUUUGCUGACUCGAGAUACACCAAAACCCGAUAGUGCUGAGCACAUGGAGUUACAUCGAGUACUUUAUGAACUAGUGAAAAUCAAUGCCAAGGGCAAAGAAGGUCGAGACACAUUGCAAUUGACACACUGCAAAGAUGCUGCACUUGUCAGUAGCUAUUCCGCCUGUGAAUUUCCAUCACCUCAUUUAACACGUGCAUUAUUAAAAGUUGGUGCCGAUGUGACGGCAAAAGAUUACGACGGUAAUACAGCAUUACAUCUUGUUGCAAUGUGGCGUAGUACAAUACCGUGGCGUAUUAAUGUGGCAAAAACAUUACUCGAAGCUGGUGCUCAUAUUGAUGCCGUUAAUAAUGAUGGUGAAACAUUUGAGAUGCUCUUAAAUGAUAAAACACGUUAUGAUGCUGUGAAUCCCGUUAAAUAUACAACAUUAACAUGUCUUGCUGCCAGAGUUGUUAAAAGAACACAACCAAUUAACAAUGUACCUAGACAUCUUCGACAUUUUGUGCAAAUGCAUUAGUAAUAUAAUAAUUAUAUAUAAAACAAGAAAAAAUGCCGAAUUAUUUUGUUAGUUAAUUUUUAUUGUGAGAACACAUCGUCAAAUUUUAUAUAUAUAUAUAUAUUAAUUUGUGAUCACUAAUCUCCGAAAAAUUUAAAUGAAAACAACGGGGUUUAAACAAUCAAUUUUGUAAAAGAAAAAAAAAACUUCUUUUCAAUUAAUAUUGUAUAGAAUCUUCGCAAAGACUGGUCUCUUAUUUGCGUUUGUAUAUUUAAAAAAAGGGUACAUCAUUAUAAUCUUGAAAGCGUUCACGUACUUGGAAAAAAAAUUGAAUUUUUUUUUUAUAAAGAGCCUUUAUUGAUUUGUACUAAUAUUAUUGUUAUUGAAAAAUUAAAAAUGUGUAGUGAAAUUUGUGAUUUUUUUUUUUUCGUGUAAUAAUUGGAAAAUUAAAUAUAUUUUGUAAAUUAUAAUAUUUACUGAAAGCUAUUUAUAUUUUUGAGAACUAUUUUCGCGAUAUUUGAUUAAUUUAUUUCUUAAAUGACUUUUUUUUGUGCACUCAUGUAUAAAUGUUUUUCUUAUAUUAUAUAUUUAAAAAAAAAUAUUGUCUCAAAUUUUUUUUUCUGUAAUGUACUCAAUAAUGUAAAAUUAAAAAAAAUAUGCUCGCCUAUGCAUAAUUCUAUUCUUACUGAUAAUUUAAUCAACGGUCUUGGAAGUGUAUCUCUCAAAUAUAAAAUCGUAUAAAACCUCGGCGAUUGAUAAUUUAUUUUAUUUUACGACUUAAGAUAUAAAAAAAGAAAUUUUUUUUUAUAAUUAAUCCAGUCAAAAAGUGAUCAGUAUUUGCACUGUCGAAAUGUCAAAAUGUUAAAAAAAAAAUUGAACUCCGUUUAAAAACGAAACAAAAACUACGAAAUUAAUUAAGGAGGAAUACGUUCUUAAUAUUUGUGUAACACUGAUACCUUGAUUUAAAAUGUGAUAAAAAGAGACAUAUAGAUAGAAAUAUACAUAUAUACAUUAUUA